GCUGCAUUUAGUAAAAUGUAAAACACGACAACUAACCGCAUGCAUGUACAGUAACAGCCUCUCUAUUUCAAGUCAGUGAUAUAUAGAGUUUCAAUAGUGAAUUAUGGAACCAAACACUGCCUACAAUGUUGUGUAUGCUAACAACAGAAGAGAAAGAGAAACACAAGACACUGCUUACAAUAACGACGAAAUUUCUCGAGAUGAGAGAUAUUCCUCCCAAGAUAAUGGCUACAGUGUCGUUGAGAACAAUGGGAGAGAAACGUUUGCAUCAAAAAUUAACACAGCCUAUGCAAUAACCGGAGAAGUGUUUACAACAGAAACUAAUUCCACCUCUAACGUUCUAAGCAAUACAAAGAAAAAAAGGCAAGGAUGUGCUAAAAAUGAAUGUGAUAAGAAGUGGUUUGCAAUCCUUGCUGUCAUAGCUUUUGCUUUUUUGUCUUUGUUAGUAGCUGUGGCAGCACUCGUGUACACCACUAUAGUGUUGAAGAACCAGGAGGAUCAGUCAAUGAGGGAACAACUAAAUAAUCAAUCCAGCACAAUUGAGCCUUUUAAUCUUGGAACAAUCAACAACCCAGCUAGCUCUUGUAGUGACAUAUUUCAAGACAGACCAUCUGGAGAAUACUGGAUUGCCACUAACACCGCUAGCUCUCCUGUUCAGGUCUACUGUGACAUGAAUCGAACAAGCUGUAGCUGCAACACUGCUGGAGGAUGGAUGAGGGUAGCCAACCUUGACAUGACCGAUCCCAACCAAAACUUCCCAGACGAACUCAGACUGGUGAACAAGACAGAACCACCAUUGCGUACUUGUGGUCGAGUGGAAGGACAAGCAGGAUGUGUGUCUAUUACCUUUUCAACAUAUGGGGUUGAAUAUUCAAAAGUUUGUGGUCGAGUCAAUGCAUAUCAAAGUAGUACUCCGGAUGCUUUUAGAUCAUAUUUCUUCAACAUAUCUUUAUCUAUUGAUGAUGUUUACGUUGAUGGUGUGAGCCUAACCUAUGGUCAGUCACCUCGUCAGCACAUCUGGACAUUUGCUGGUGCACAUGAUGAAACUCAAUCCCAUAGACAGGUAUGUCCCUGCACAAGACCUGAACGCACCUACACUGGAGUUGUAUCUCCCUCAUCGGUCAAGACUACUUCUGUGAAACUGGAAGCCGACAGCGUGGUGGUCAUAUCUUCUACCCUAAUGAUCCACUCUGGGACGGUCAGGGAUGCGGGGGUACCAGUACUUGCUGUGAGUUCAACAAUCCACCAUGGUUCUGCAAGCAACUCCCUCAACCAACUACAGACGAUAUCGAGUUGAGGCUUUGUGGUGAUGAGUUUAUUAGCAAUGAAGACACACCCAUUGAGCUAGUUGAGAUGUACAUACGCUGAAAAUACUUAUUAUAAACAUUAAACACUCAACUAACUCAUGUUCUGUACGUAUUAGUUAUUGCAAUAUUAAGUCACCAAGAUCACACGCUAUAAUUUUUAGCUAGCAUAAUUAUUGCUUUACA